AUGAGUGACCUGGAAGACAUUUUAGUGGAUGAAGAAUACUUGAAGAGCGCCAAUACCGGUGAUAUGGAGCUAUCUCGUUUACUACCGUCUUUGCCAGAUCCACAUGAGUCGAGACGUGCCAGUACCGAUGCUAAUGACGCCCAAGCAUAUGAUAUCGGACAGGAAGAAGAUGAAAAAUGCGACGAGGAUGCUUCUGUGAGUUUGCAAGACACAAGAGACGUCCAAGAGGACAGUGUCUUGUUUGAUGACGAUGAGGAGGACAUUUUGUCACACUCGCAGCUUCGUAACGUUCGUAUAGAAAGAAGAGCGACAACUGACUACCAUACGGCGCGGAGAUCUCCUUCUUUCUCGAUGCCGUUGCAUGGUAAUCUUGUCGUGGAUGAGGAGGAGAUGAUGGAGAUGAAUGCUCGCGAACAAGAGCUGCUAGUGAAUAUUCAGGAGCUGCAGCGCCAAUUGUCCAUGGUACAGAUUCAAACGGACAAACCACAAGAGGAGAUUGUGCCGCCUAUGAUGGAUGCUAGACACCGAUUGAUUAUGGUUUCGAAUCGAUUACCGAUUUCCAUUCAACGCAACGAAGUGACCGGGGAAUGGAACUUUUCAAUGAGUUCAGGGGGACUAGUGACGGCGUUGAACGGUAUUCGAGACCAAGUACCGUUUAUUUGGAUCGGAUGGCUUGGAGAAGAGAUACCCCAUGAUGAACAGGGCAAAGUUCGAGAAAAAUUGGCGAGAGAGUUCAACUGUGUGCCCGUGUUCUUGUCCAAAGAAAUUGCUGCACGGUACUACAAUGGUUUUAGCAACGAUAUUCUAUGGCCGAUCUUCCACUACGUUCCGUUGCCACUUUUUCGACCAGGAACUGAAAAGAAGUUCGACUUUCGACAAUGGGACGCGUACAAGCUGGCUAACAAACGGUUUGCGCAAGCCGUAAACCAAGUGUAUCACGAAGGAGAUUGCGUGUGGGUACACGAUUAUCAUUUGAUGAUGCUACCUUCCUUACUACGAUCGCGACAUCCGCACUGUAAAAUAGGCUGGUUUCUUCACACGCCGUUUCCCACUGCUGAGAUGUAUCGAAUGCUGCCUGUGGGUCGAGAAAUUUUGGAAGGCCUUCUUGGAGCAGACUUGUUGGGUUUUCACACAUAUGAUUACGCUCGCCAUUUUAUCGAAGCCUGCGGACGUGUGCCAGGUGCUUCCACGUCUCCAAAAGGUGUUGAGCUUGGCAAUCACUUUUCAGCAAUAGGUGUAUUUCCAAUUGGUAUCGACCCAGAACACUUUGAAGAGAUUUUAGACUCGGACGCUACGCAGAAGCGCAUUCAGGAACUCACUGCAAAGUUUGCUGGGUGUAAAAUUAUUAUUGGAGUUGAUCGCAUGGAUUACAUCAAGGGAAUUCCACACAAAUUACUGGCGAUGGAACGUUUUCUUUCUCUGUACCCGGAGCGAUGCAAGGAUGUAGUGCUUAUCCAAAUUGGUGUCCCGUCUCGCACUGGCGUGCAAGAGUAUCAGCAUUUAGCAGCGAGCGUGAAUGAGAUGGUAGGCCGCAUCAAUGGAAGAUUUGGCACUCUAACACAUUCUCCUGUGCACUAUAUACAUCGCUCCGUGACUCCCAGUGAAUUGGUCGCACUCUAUCAUUUAGCCGACGUCUGUCUCGUGACGUCCAUCCGUGACGGUAUGAAUCUUGUGAGUUAUGAAUAUGUGAUGUGUCAGAGUCAAUCGUGUGAACCGCAUCGUGUAGGACCAGGUGUUCUCAUUUUAAGCGAAUUUGCUGGCAGUGCUCAGUCGUUAUCAGGUGCUAUCCGGGUAAAUCCCUGGAAUACCACCGAGACGGCAAAUGCGCUAGAAUAUGCAUUGGAAUUACCACUUAUGGAGCGGGAAUAUCGUCAAACGAAUCUCCAUCGCUAUGUGAAGACUCAUACUGCUAGUUUUUGGGGUAAGAGCUUUUUGUCGGAUUUGGAAGACGCCUCUACUUAG